AUGUACUGGGGAUGGCAUGCGAACAGGGUACGCGACCGGACCCUGCUGGUGCAGUACGUGCUCGAGACGGUGGUCGGCCGGCUGCACCGCGUCGACAGCGCGACCUCGGGGAACCGUAUCUUCGACGAGAUCGACGGCUUCCUCGAGAACGUAACCGGCCACAUCAUGGGCUGUACACAGCAGGUCAUGCAAGACGCCUCCGCCGUCCACGGCGUGGUGCGCAACAUGUGGCGCCUGCUUCCGGGCCGAGCCGACAGGAACGACCUGGAAGACGUGACACGCCUCUUCGGCGAGGUUGAUACGUUCAAGAAGAAUGUCGAGGAGCUGGCAACCUGGUGGGAAUCGGGGUUGCGCUGCGCGAUAGACACCAGGGCGACAGCGAGCCACCCGCGGGGAUACGCGUUACACCUUGUACCACGAAACUUUCACAAUUGA